GUAAUCACUUUAAAUAUUUUUAGUUUUUUUUUGAAGAUUUUUACUCAUUUUUUAAAAUAUUUACAAUUUUCAGAUUGUUUUUAUUUCUUGCCAAAUUUGGGGAUUUUUUUUUUAACAAAGGGAACCUUUUAAGGAAUUUUCUUCUUGAAGAUUUUUAUAAAUUUGGGUAAAUUUUUGCUGAAUUUUCUGGAUUUUUUUCAGACAAGGCAACAGUAUUUUUGGUGCCAUAAAUGAGAAGAACAGGAUGAUUAAGACACCUAAGCUUGACAGUCCUGGUAAAAUAUAGCUUAAAAUAAGUUUCCCCAGCUAAUUUUAAUCUUAUUUCAAGAAAUCUUACCGAGCCAUUUUUCACUUCCUCUAUUGGCAGAGGGUAAAAGUUCUUUGAAAUAAGUUUUUUUUUUCUUGUUUUGAGACUGGAGUUUUUUUCCAGUGUGGAGUGCAGAUGGGUCAGAUAAUCAUGAAAAAUGGGCUGAAAUAUCCCCCCAAAAAAGCUAAAACGCAUCAAACGUAUUUCUCUCUGUGGGGUUAGUUGCGUGUUUGUCCUCGUCGCCGUAUUAUUUGAGUCAUGUUUUGUAUAAACUGAUUACCGCUUAGCCAUGCAUGAUUCCACCUCCUGAUUAGAGCGGCCUGAUGCCAUCUCUAAAGCCCUUGCUCUGCUAAAACACACACAAAUGGGUUUUGUGCUAUCAUCAGUACAAAUUUGCCCUUUUGUAGGACACAGUGGCAGUUUUCUGUCUUGUGUAUUUAUGUGUGCAGUUUUUUUUCUUCUUUUCUUUUUGAUGAGUGUCUCCAGAGUGAUGGGGGCACCCUGCCGCCGUUUUCCGCUGAUGUGUGCACGACUGCCGGAGAUGAAGCGUAUAUAUUCAGAGAGGUGGCGGUCAGAGAGGAGGGACGAGGCUCUUGGUACCACACUGUCUUAACACAGCAGCACACGUCAUCAUGGAAGCAGCCAUCAAAACUCUGAUCGCCCAGUUCAAGACCUACGCCGAUGGGCAGGAUGGACCCGCCAGCACCCUCAGCAAAGACGAAUUCAAAAGUCUGGUGAUUGCUCAGCUACCAAACCUGGUCAAGAACGCCAAUGAGCCCGGAGUGAUCGACCAGCUCAUGGGCUCGCAGGACGCCGACAAAAACGGCGAGCUGACCUUCGCCGAGUUCUGGGAUCUGAUUGGGAAACUGGCGAGCAAAGAGGGAGGCUUCAGCCAGUAGAGCUCGCCAUCUUCUGUCACUCUGAUUGCGCAACGAGCGGCCAAUCGACUGGCUCUCCAGCUGUAAACACAGCAGCAUUUGAAAUUCUUUUAUCGCUGCACCAGUGCCACAUCUGUAACUCUUUAGUUAACCAUUUGUUGAAUGCGGGGAACUGUGAAUUAAAGGCUUCAUUGUCGCUGAACCCUCAACCAAUCGA